UUGCAUUACCCAUACUCCCUACUCUCUUUCGCUUUUCCCUCCUGGAAUUUAAUUCGCACAUACAGGUCUGUACGAGAAUAUGGCAACCAUUGAAGUGUUAUCAUCAUGUCUUGUUCCGACAGCAUCCAAUGAAAUUUCCAUGUCCAAGUUGGAGCUAACUCCAUGGGAUUUGCAAUUCCUUCUGCUUGAACCUAUUCAGAAAGGGAUUCUCUUUCACAGCCCUAAAUCCCAAGAUUUCCAGACCAUCAUUCAUCACCUGAAAACCUCACUCUCUCGCACACUAGACUUCUUCCCUCCACUGGCAGGCCGUCUGGGCACCAUUCGGAAUGAUGACAACACGACGUGUUUCUUGGUCGACUGCAAUAAUGCAGGAGUUGAGUUUACUCAUGCAGUUGCCGGUGGUGUAUCCGUGUCCGACAUCGUGGGGCCGGCGUACAUACCUCAAAUAGUCUCUUCUUUGUUCCCACUCAAGGGAGUCUCUAAUUGCGAAGGGGUUUCUAAGCCUUUGAUGGGGGUGCAAGUUACUGAGCUCGUCGAUGGCGUCUUCAUAGCCUGCACAGCAAAUCAUGCUGUAAUAGAUGGGACUUCGUUCUGGCAUUUCUUCAACUCUUGGUCCGAGAUAUCCCGAGGUUUGGAGACGAUCUCGAAAACCCCCGUCUUUGAACGUUGGUUUCCUGCCAAUAUUUCCAAGGAUAAUCGCCUCAUUCCUCUUCCUCCAAUGGAUCAAAGUCUCUUGCAUAGCUUUGUUCCACCUCCAUCACUCGAGAGGGUUUUCCAAUUCAGCAGAGAAAGUGUGGUUAUGCUCAAAGCCAAGGCCAAUUCAGAAGCAGGCACUGAUAAAAUCUCCUCUUUCCAAGCACUCAUAGCUCAUUUAUGGCGAAACGUUACACGUCGCCGAAACCAACUAAGGAUUGAGAAGGCAAACAACCAAGAAGUUGAACUGCUGUUGUUAGUUGGUACAAGAUCAAGAAUCCCUUUGCCGGAUGCGUAUUUCGGGAACGCAGUUUACGUUGUUAAAACUGUAGCUAAUGAGGGUGAGCUCUUGGAGAAUGGACUGGGCUACGCAGCGCUGAAGGUCAAUGAACUGGUUGCUCAGCAAAGCAGUGAAGCAGCAAUUGCUCUUGCGGAAGAAUGGGUGAAAAAUCCCAUAAUUUUCAACAAGCGACCACAUGUUAUUACUUUCGCUGUCACUAGUUCGCCUCGGCACGAUGUUUACAGCACCGACUUUGGGUGGGGAAAACCGAUUGCUGUAAGAAGCGGAAAGGGGCAAAAAAUUGAUGGAAAGAUGACGCUUUACCCGGCGGCGGAACCCGGCGGCAUUGACGUUGAAGUUUGCUUAGCACCGGCAACGUUGCAGGCGAUGGAGCAGGAUGCAGAGUUCAUGGAAGCUGUCACAAUUUGAAUUGGAAAUGCCCAUAGAUUAGCCAUUUAAUUAGAUACUUUGUUCCCUUAGUUAUGUACUAUUGUGGCCAAAAAGAAGUUACACCAAGGCUUUGGGCGUUUGUUGGAUUGGAUUUGA